UUGGGUAGUUUAAUCGAUGGAUGAGGGUUUCAAAGAAUAGACUGUGGUGGCGUGGGGCGAUAUUCAGAGCAUCGUAUACUCCUCCCACUCCUUCUCCUUAUUCUUCUUCUAAGCAAAGUGCGGCGGCGCCGAAUCUACCUCUCAGACGCUUCUCUACAUCCCUAUCAGGCGCUUCUAGGGUUUACCAUCAUCGGUCUUUGGCUUUCAUGGGUUCUCAGUCGGAGGUGGACUGGCCGGCGACCAAGGUUCGGGAUACCUUCAUCAGUUUUUUUGAAGAAAAGGACCAUGUUAACUGGAAAUCAAGCCCCGUCGUUCCUCACAAUGACCCUACCCUUCUCUUUGCCAACGCUGGUAUGAAUCAGUUCAAGCCUAUCUUCUUGGGGACUGUUGACCCAAACAAUCCCUUGGGUAAACUCACUCGUGCCUGCAACACCCAAAAGUGCAUCAGAGCUGGUGGGAAACACAAUGAUCUCGAUGAUGUUGGGAAAGACACCUACCAUCACACAUUCUUUGAGAUGCUUGGUAAUUGGUCAUUUGGGGAUUAUUUUAAAAGAGAAGCAAUUGAAUGGGCUUGGGAGCUUCUCACCAAGGUAUACAAGCUACCUUCUGAUAGGAUCUAUGCAACCUAUUUUGGUGGCGAUGAAAAAUCUGGGCUUGCUGCUGAUAAUGAUGCUAGAGAUAUGUGGCUCAAAUUUCUGCCACCUGGACGUGUACUGCCUUUUGGUUGUAAGGACAACUUUUGGGAGAUGGGUGAUACUGGACCUUGUGGACCCUGUACUGAAAUACAUUUUGAUAGAAUUGGGAAUCGUGAUGCUGCAUCAUUGGUUAACAUGGAUGAUCCUACGUGCAUUGAAAUAUGGAACCUCGUGUUUAUUCAGUUUAACAGGGAAGGUGAUGGUGUACUGAAACCUCUUCCUGCCAAACAUGUUGAUACUGGAAUGGGUUUUGAAAGAUUAACUUCUAUUCUCCAGAAUAAGAUGAGCAAUUAUGAUACAGAUGUGUUCUUACCCAUUUUCAAUGCCAUCCAACAAGCAACUGGAGCUCGACCAUAUUCCGGCCAAGUUGGACCAGAUGAUACAGACAAAGUUGACAUGGCAUACAGGGUUGUUGCCGACCACAUCAGAACUCUUUCAUUUGCCAUUGCUGAUGGUUCUUGCCCAGGCAAUGAGGGGCGUGAAUAUGUCCUAAGGCGUAUUCUUCGUCGAGCUGUACGUUAUGGAACUGAAGUCCUAAAAGCUCAACCUGGAUUCUUCAAUGGGCUUGUAAAGGUGGUGGUGCAAAUGAUGGGUGACAUAUUUCCAGAGCUAAGACACCAUGAAGUGCAUAUCAGGGACACAAUUGCAGCAGAGGAAACAACUUUUGGCAAGACAUUGCUUAAUGGAAUAGAGAGAUUUAAGCGGGCUGCUCAAGAUGUUCAAGGGAAGAUAUUAAGUGGACAGGAUGCUUUUGUGUUGUGGGACACAUACGGCUUUCCAUUAGAUUUGACUCAGUUGAUGGCGGAAGAAAGAGGCUUGGCAGUUGAUAUUGAGGGUUUUAACAUUGCUAUGAAUGAAGCUAGGGAAAAAUCAAGGAAUGCUCAAAAUAAGCAAGCUGGUGGUACUAUUCUCUUGGAAGCUGAUGCUACCUCAGCAUUACACAAAAGAGGGGUUGUUGCUACAAAUGACAGCUUCAAGUAUACUUGGUUUCAGGAUCAUGAAAGUGUGAUAAAAGCUAUUUACACAGGAAAGGAGUUCUUGGAAAGUGUGGUUGGUCUUGAUGAAGUUGGUGUUAUUCUGGAAACUACAAGUUUCUAUGCUGAGCAAGGUGGACAGAUAUUUGAUACUGGAUCACUUGAAGGCCCCUUUGGAUCAUUUCAAGUUUGUAAUGUACAAAUUUAUGGAGGCUUUGUUGUUCAUAUCGGUUCGUUUACUGGGGAAACAAGCCAGUUCUCUGUAGGUGAUAAAGUGAUUUGUAAGGUUGACUAUGAUAGACGUAAGCUCAUUGCUCCUAACCAUACCUGUACGCACAUGUUGAAUUUUGCGCUCAGGGAAGUACUGGGAAAUCAUGUUGACCAGAAGGGAUCCAUUGUUCUUCCUGAGAAAUUACGAUUUGAUUUCUCUCAUGGCAAGCCUGUGAAACCUGACGAGUUGAGAAAAAUUGAGUCCAUUGUGAAUGAGCAAAUCGAAGCUGAGCUGGAUGUAUUUUCAAAGGAGGUCACUCUGACCGAUGCAAAGCUUAUAAAUGGUUUACGAGCUGUAUUUGGAGAAGUCUAUCCUGAUCCCGUUAGGGUUGUGUCAAUUGGUCGAAAAGUGGAGGACCUCCUUGCUGAUCCAGAAAAUGACGAGUGGUUAUCAAUUUCCGCAGAGUUGUGUGGAGGGACCCAUUUAUCAAACACACGAGAGGCUAAGAUGUUUGCUCUGUUGUCUGAGGAGGGAAUUGCUAAGGGAAUUCGUAGAGUAACUGCUGUUACAACAGACUGUGCUUCUAAGGCCUUGGAACUAGCAUUGUCACUUGAGCAGGAAGUAAAUGAGGCAUCAAAAACAGAAGGAAGCUCACUGGAACAGAAAGUAACUUCUUUAAAUGGCCGUGUGGAAUCAGCAACUAUUCCAGCAGCCAAGAAAGCUGAUCUAAAGGCCAAAGUAUCUGUGCUUCAGAAUCAAGUGAUUAAAGCAAAAAAAAAGAUUGCUGAAGAGAAUAUACAGAAAGCUGUCAAGGUUGCAAUUGAGACUGCAGAAGUUGCUGCAUCUGAUGGAAAGGCUUUCUGUAUAUCACGUGUCAAUGUUGGUUUGGACACUACAGCAAUGCGCGAAGCAGUUGUCAAAGUCAUGGACGAGAAGGGGAUAGCGGUCAUGGUUUUCAGCACAGACGAAACUGCAAACAAAGCUUUGGUGUGUGCUGGGGUACCUGAGAAAGGAGAUAAAUGUAAGCAAUUAAAGGUGUUGGAGUGGUUGCUGGCAGCUUUGAAGCCACUAAAAGGGAAGGGUGGAGGAGGAAAAGGUGGUCUUGCUCAAGGCCAGGGCUCCGAUAUAACACAUGUAGAGGAUGCAAUGGAAGUGGCAACAUCCUUUGCGGCAAUGAAAUUGAGCUGAUAAAAAAAAUAGUUUAAUAUUUCAGUGUAGACUGGUGAAAGCAUGGCGGUGAUGGUUCAGUCCCAACAUUUUGAUGUUUUUUAAUAUAUCACUUGAAUGAAACAGCUGAGGAAAUAACAUUUGGUGCUACAGAAGCACGACUAUGUUUUUUCUUUAUUAGCCACAAACAUUGUGUUACCAAAGAGAGAGGAGAAGUUUUUUCUUCUUAAAAUAUUGAUAUUUUUUUUGAAAUGGCUGAAGUUUAGGAUGUUGGUUUGCUUGACUAUACUGUAAGAAGACAUUGAAUCAUAUAAUUAAUCUGAUUGGGAGAUGAACCCCUCAUCUUAUGAAUCUUAA